UUGGAUAUUUUAUUUUACCUCUGAGUCUCCAAUGAUGUAAUCCUUUCUAGGUACAGUUAUAUUAUAAUCACACAAAUUUCACAGUUUCUAUAUACAGAGGACAGCUAAUUAUGCAUUUCAUCUAAUGACUGAACGAGAUCAGGAACGUGACCUUUAUGACCUUGUCAAUACUACGCGUAUCCUCUCGACUAGCGCAUUCCGUUAUAAAACUUCCUUCACCGCUUCCUGUACUACAGCAGUGGUAUUUUCACCAUGUAAAACUGUAGAUCGUUAGAUAUGUGUCGAUUCUUCGGAAAAACACACCAUCACCGCCGUGGUAUUUGUCGCCUCUAACAUCUGUUGUAUGACAGUGCCUGCCCGCGGGUCCGACUCAGUUGCAGCUGGACUGAUGAUCCUGUUUGAUAAUUAUGCAUAUCCAUCGUCUAUGCGGGUGAUAUAUAAACCUAAGUAAAGCAGACUAAGUAUACCAAAAAGUGAACUUUAAAUCUGGUUUGUCUGCAUAAAGAAGGAUUUUUAACUACCAUGCUGAAAUUCGCUUAUGGACAUAAAAGUCACGCGAGUGAUGUGAGAAUGUCAUCGACAGGCGAUCUCACAGAAACGUACACACCGCGGACUGUGUUGAUUGCAUUGGACGGUAGUGAGGACUCUAAAUUUGCAUUUUAUUGGUACGUUCACAACAUCUACAGACCUGGCGACCGAGUAGUGCUGGUGUAUGCAGUGGAAUUCCAAUCCGAUAAAGACUAUCGAUGGCUCUAUUCUUUCACUAAAAAUGAUGAGGAGAAAUUGGGCGAAUCCCUUGAUAAAGAUCGAUCUAAACACCAAGAAAUUAUGAACAACUUCUCACAGAUGCUGGUGAACUCAAAGAUCCUUGGGGAAGUCAAUGCAAUUGACGCGAAAGCGCCUGGCGAGGGAAUAGUUUCAGCAGCCAAAGAAAUCAAUGCGUCGUUCAUUGUAACGGGUACGAGAGGCCUCGGAAAAGUUCGGCGGACUCUCCUGGGGAGUGUGAGUGACUACGUACUGAGACAUGCGUCAGUUCCUGUCGUAGUUUGUAAAUAUAACGAAAAGACGACGGUGGCUGAGAAGGACGCAUAAAUAAAUCACGCAAAUAGAA